ACGACGGGCUGGCUCAGCAGCCAUUGAUGCGCUUUAUUUCUAAAAGGACAAACCGAGAUUGAUUCAUCCAUAUUUGCGGAUUUCUGUGGACGGAAGCCAUGGUGUCCCACUCUCUCGCCCUGCCGAUGAUCUGCUUCACCACGCUAUGGGCGCUGGUGGGGGUCGUGGCCCCGUUUUUGGUGCCCAAAGGACCCAACCGGGGUGUGAUUGUCACCAGUCUCAUCCUCACAGCCGUCUGCUGCUACCUGUUUUGGUUGAUAGCCAUUCUGGCCCAGGCCAACCCUCUGUUCGGCCCUCAGCUGAAGAACGAAACUAUAUGGUAUCUGCGCUACUUCUGGGAGUAAACAAGGUCAGAGUGAUGUGAUGCCUGCCAUCGUUCCUAUCCCCUGGUUUGCUGGACUUAAUUUCACCAUGGCUCCUAAACAUUUAACACACACUCCUCCAUUCUGCAAAGUUGAUGGAACAUUUCUUAUGUUGCAGCAUUUUGAAACUCAAAGGUCAGCGUCAGUUUUCUGUGCAACCUUGAGGAAAACGAAGAAUAAUCUACAGUAUGUGGAAUUUCAGAUUUAGAGUUUAUCAGGACACAUGUUGUGUGUUUUAUAACUUUGAAGGAUACAGUCAAAUUCAUCUUGUGGCCCAAUGAAAUGCGCGCAGUAUGAAGUUGUGAAUUACGGGAAUUCGUGGCAGGAUAUGAUUACCAGUGAAACCAUGACAUCAUCUGUUAGGAGUAGAUAUUAAUCUUCCAUCUCUGAAAUGUGCAAUCCUUAAAUACUUUAGUUUACUCUGUGUUUGUUUACAUUUUUGGUUUUGUGUCGCUGCCAUCAGGGAACAUGAAUUUCUGAGUGUUUGUAUUUAUUUUGGCCUGCGGACACUGAUGCAAGAUCAUUGUAAUUACCUCAGUGUCCGCAUGGCCCUGUUAUAUAACUGUUAUUAUCUGUGAUGUAAUGGUGUGUGUGUGUUUGUGUGUGUGUGAGUGUGAGUGAGUGUGUGUGAAGAGUUCAUUACUGUGAGUACUUGGACCGUGGCCAUGAGAAUCUCCCAAAACUGUAGAAGUGAAGAGCGAUUCCCUCCACUUUAGACCACUUCAGCAUGAAACUCCCUCCCACAUUCCCCUCAUGCUCGACACCGCGGAGGUCCUCGUUGCCAUGGUGAUCUCAUCGCCUAAUUCAGUCCUUCUCCACUCGACCCCUUUUGAUAAAACCCCGUGUACAGAUGUCCUGUUGGUUGUACUGUAGGGACACAUUCUGUGGAGCGAGGCCGCUGGUGUAGCCGCGGAUAGAUCUGGCGUUCACGUCCACGAUUUUAAAAUUUUCAUAGCCCAGUUCAUGUCUCGCUCCUUGACGUCAGCCUCUCAAACUGCAGUUACACCAAAUUCCUCAUUUAAACUUCGCCUAAUGAAUUCUUUUGGGGUUUGCAGCUCUUCAAGGCCCAGUGACCCCUCACAUCUUUUCAGCAGCCGAGAAGCAGAGAAAAUAGCUGCUUUUAAAUGGAUUCAUUUACCAGAAGACAAAGCAAUGAAAAAAGAACAUUUCAUUUCAUUGCUUCGUGCUUUGCACAUUUUAAACACAUUUUCACUGGCUUUAUUCUGUUAGAAACCCCCGUCAUGUCAGUGGUGGAUGCCACUGUCUGGCUGAUGAUGGACAUUUAAUCAGAUGCCAAUAGUACAAAAACAGAAAAAAAACAUUUUGUCUAAUUUACUUUAGAAAUCAAAGCAGGAAAUAAUCAAAGUGACAAACAUACAUGUGCAGUAAAUGCUAACUGUACAGCAGUGCAUGCAGUAGAUGGGAUAUGUUAAUCUGUAGACGUGUUCGACACGCGUGGCAUUCUGAACACACACUUAACGGGUGAUAGUGAUUUGAAGGUUUGAGAGUUUAUGGAGAGGACAUGGCCGACACUGCCAAAGUUUGUGGUCGUCCUUGGUAAAUGUACAUCAGCGUAGCAGCAGAUACUGCGUUCCUUCACCUUCGCCACCGGUCAGGUUUACCUAACUAACCUCUACAAGGUGGCCAAUUUUAUCAUUUUAAACAUUUGCCUUGAAUGAGAUGCUGGUGUGACGCACCUGCCUUCUCCUCCCGAUGCUUUAAGACUCUCAGCUGCCAACCAUUACCACAACUACAUUUCCCUCCUCCGACUCCCCUGCUUCAACCUUGAGAACCCCUUCCCUCCUCCCUCCCUCCCUCCUUCCUUCCUUAACUCCAUCCCUUCCCUUCCUCCUCUCUAAAACCACUUUGCUUCAGCCAAAAAAAAAAAAAAAACAAAAUCAAUAUACAGCUACUUUUUAGAAAGACCAAAUUGCGUUUUAUCUUUUCCUCCAGCCCUCUUCGGUAGUUGUGGUGAUGGCAUGCAUCUAAAAGUGGACACACGUGAGUGUAUACGACAGUGUGCUGUACAGUUAUAACAUAGGUGGAGACCCACAUCGAAUAGGGUGGGGUCACAUCUGAUCACACCAACAAAGGAGACUUCCCUUGCCAGGAAAGCUGACGUUGUUGCUCGCUGGUAUUUGGUUUCACUCUGUCCAGCUCUGAGUGAACCAGAGCUUGUAAACAAAAGCCACAUGGACUCACGAGUAGACUUUUGAUUUUUGACCUGCUAGGUCAGAAACGCUGGCUGUUGGUGGAGAGUCAAAACAAAUCUGAUACCGGGUCCUGUAACUUUAGCUCAGUGUGGUGUUUAGGUCUCCGGUGUUGAUUCCAGCUGAGAGCACAUGAAGGAGAAGCCGAAUGUGAGCAUCAGUCUCGACUGUGGUUUUCUUCUGUCGGGCUUUCCAGCCAUUAACUCCUGACUAUCAGAUGCAGCCACGGACCCUUGUGCUUUCGGUUUGUUUCCUGUCGUUGGUUUGAGUUACGUCCCUGAUCCCACUCAUAACGAUAUAAGGACAGAGUCACAUUUCAGUGUCAGUGAAUCAUCGGACAGCAAGUGGCACUAAUCUCAUGUGACCAAACAAACUGACGCGUCGAACAUUCCAGGCUUCAGAUAAACCCAUUCGAACAUGCCGGCCGUGAACCCACCAUAAAAAAAAUGUCACAUUUUUAUUUUUUCUUUCCUUUUCUGAUGAAUCAGUUCAGUUCUUUUGAUAAAUGGUCGCUGUUUAUCUGUUAAAUACUCCUGGCAGCAUAGAUGGAGAUAGAUGUUUUUUUUAGUGUGUGAAGAGUCACCAUGGUAACACAAACCUAAUAAAUAAGAGAUCUAAUUGUUGGUGGAGAUGAGUUCUUAAAUGUGACCUUGUAUUAGUGUGAAGUACAUGCAUCUGUGUGAGUGGCAUUGUAUG